GUUACCAAAACAACAACAACAACAACGAAAUAAAAAAAACGAGAUCAAAUCGAAUCAAAUCAUUCGACAUUUUAUUGUCGUAUAUUGAGUUGAAUGAGAUUUCAAUUACAAUCAAAUUAAAUGCAUCAUUGGAAUCAUCAUAAAAAUCAAUUCCAUCAUCAAAACAACCAUCAUUGUCAUCAUAUUUAUCAUAAUAAUAAUCAGCAUAAAUAAUAAUCAUAAUGGCGGAUAGAAGAAAAUUAUUAGCUGAAAUUGAUAGAUGUUUGAAAAAAGUGAAUGAAGGUGUCGAAACAUUCGAAGAGAUUUGGCUUAAAGUUCAUAAUGCCACCAAUGCUAAUCAAAAAGAAAAAUAUGAAGCUGAUCUCAAAAAAGAGAUUAAAAAAUUACAGAGACAACGUGAUCAAAUAAAAACAUGGUUAGCAUCCAGUGAAGUGAAAGAUAAAAGAGAUCUAAGUAAUUAUCGGCGAUUAAUUGAAAUGCAAAUGGAACGUUUUAAAGUGGUUGAACGUGAAACCAAAACAAAAGCUUAUUCAAAAGAAGGACUAGGUGCAGCACAGAAAUUAGAUCCGGCACAAAAAAAAGAUGAAAUCACUAAUUGGCUAUCGAAUUCGAUUGAAAAAUUAUCCGAACAAGUUGAACUAUUUGAAAGUGAAUUAGAAAAUCUACAAACAACGCAGAAGAAAAGUAAAAAAGAUCGUGAAAAACAGGAACGACAUGAUUGCGUUAAGAAUCGUGUGGAAAAACAUCGUUAUCAUAUCAAACAAUUGGAAACAUUAAUGCGAAUGUUAGAUAAUGAAACCGUAGAAGUGGAACAGAUCAAAAAAAUCAAAGAUGAUAUUGAAUAUUAUAUUGAAUCAUCACAAGAUACGGAAUUUCAAGAUAAUGAAUAUAUCUAUGAUGAUCUUGAUCUUGAAGAUAUGCAAGCAUUCCGUGCAAAUAAUGUAGUAGAUUUAACCAAUGUACUAGCUGGUGCUGCUGGUAAAAAUUCAACAGGAUCUUCAUCAACCAAAUCAAAUAAUGAUAAUUCAACAACGUCAUCAACAGCGAAUAAUAAUAAUAGUACGACAACGGCUAAUAUGGAAAAUGUUGAUAGUAAUUCAUCAUCUGAGAAUAAUAACAAUAACCAAAAUGCCUAUUCAAAUUCAUCGUCAGCGAAUGAAUCGCCGGCACCAAGUCCUGGUCUUCAACAACAACAACAACAACAACAUAGUAAUAAUAGUCAUCAUUCCACCAAUACGACAUCAACGGCAACAACGACAUCUUCAUCUACAUUGUCGAAAUCGGCAAUGAAUAUUCAGAAUAACAACAACAAUAAUAAUCCAUUGUCAGCAAACAAUAUUAAUAAUAAUAAUUCAACAGAAUUUUCAUUCAUUACGAAUAGUGUAUCAUCCAAUCAUCAUAACAAUAGUACACUAACGCCUACAUCGUCAAUUACAUCUGUGACAAAUCAAUCGUCUUCAGGUAAUAAUAAUAAUAAGAUCACAACAACCGUAUGGGCUAAUUCAUCUGUGAAAAAUAUUCUGAGCAACAAUACUUCCACAACGCAAUCAGUUACAACAACACCUUAUGCUGCCGCAGUUGCCUCAUCAGUUACCGGUUCUGGAACAUCAUUAUCAUCGUCAUCAUCGUUGUCGUCAACAGCAACAAAAAUCUCAUCAACAUCUUCGGUCACAACGGCGACGAAUGAUUCGAAUUUACAACAAUCGAAUGAUUCAUCAUCAAUUAAUAAUAAUAAUCAUCCAUCAACAUCAACAGUGGUAACAUUAUAUAGUGCAGCAGCUGCCGCUGCAUCAACGAUAACAUCGGCACCAACCGCUGUUGUAAAUAAUACGAAUCCUAAUCAAACAAAUCCAUGGAAUACAUCCAAUCUUGCGGCAAUCGUAUCAAAUAAUGCAAAUUCGACUCAACAACAACAACAACAACCUCCUCCGAUUCAAUUGACGCCUCAACAACAACAAUAUUUGCUACAAAAUAAUCACUUACUAAAUGGUUAUAAAGGAAUAACGAAUGUUGAAAAUCUUAAGGGUUUAGCAGCAGCAGCAGCAGCUGUAGCUCAAGGAAUGUUACCACCAUCGGUAACGAAUACUGCACCGAGUAACAUAGAUAGUGAUCUUAUUGGUGGCGAUACACCUCAAGCAAAUGCUUUAUUAUCUCCAGCAUUAAUGGCUAAUGCCGCUGGACAAAGUGCCGUUCUGAAUAAUCAAUUAUCAGCUGCUCAUUUAAAUGAUCUAGCAGCGAAUCAACCAAAUUCGAAUCAACAGCAACAAUCAUUUCAACAUCUUGAUCAUCUUAAUCAUGCAAAUUUAUUGAAAAAUAAUCUAAUGAUGCAUCAGCGACAAAUGCAGACAGCAAAUGUGCCAGUUUCAUCUGUUUCACCACCAACUAAUAUGGCAACAACUGUUAACCAACAAAACAAACCACAACAACAGCAGCAGCCACAACCACCACCAUCACAACAGCCGCCGAAUCAAAUGAACAUAUCACAGCAACAAGUCGAUGUGACCAAAAAUGCAAAUAUUCAAAAUCAAUUGAAUAAUCUUGUUAAUCAACAACAACAACAACUACAGCAACAAACACAGCCGAAUCAGCCACCACAAUCACAGAAUUUUUAUUCAUCGACAAUGUUGUCAAGUCAACCAAACAAGCCAACCAUUACAAAGCAAACAUUAUUUAAUAUGCAUUUACUUGAUGCAGCGUUUCGUCAACCUAUUAUUCCGAUCGAUUCGUAUCGAUUAAGACCAUUGCAUAUAAAACUACCACAAAAUAAUACAUAUUCACAGAUGUCUAGUAUGUCUAGUUUUCCUAAUCAACCGUUGCCUCAAUUCCACAAUAUUGAUUUCUAUGAUCGUCUAACACCGGAAACAUUAUUUUUCAUCUUUUAUUAUAUGGAGGGAACAAAAGCACAAUAUAUGGCAGCUAAAACAUUGAAGAAUAAAUCCUGGCGUUUUCAUACAAAACAUAUGAUGUGGUUUCAAAGACUCGAAGAACCAAAAUUAAUAACCGAUGAUUAUGAACAGGGAACCUAUAUUUAUUUUGAUUUCGAAAAAUGGAUUCAACGUAAAAAAGACAACUUUACAUUUGAAUACAGAUAUCUCGAAGAUAAAGAAUUGAAUUGAAGCGGAAAAAUUCUAAAAUUUCAUAUUCUUUGUUCUAUUUUCAUGUUUAUAUCUCUUAUGUUCAAGAGAAGAAGAAAAAUCAUUUCACAGUAAUUAUAAUUCAUUUCACAUCACUACCAACAUUAUCACCACUAUCACAUUCAAUUUUGGAUUUCUAUUUCAAUGUCAAAAAUAAAAUAAAAUAAAAUUGAAAUGAUUCUUUGUGUGUAUCUCUAUUUCAUUCUAUAUAUAUAUAUGAUGAUUAAAAAUCACUAAGAGAAUAUUCUUUA